AUGGUCAAAGAAAAUCUUGACGAAGUGGUUACCUCGUGGUUAGAUGUUACCAACGAUUCCGAGCAAUGUGACGCCGUGGAUGAAAGACUAGCAAAGAGAAGAAGGCUCGAAAAGGGUGUUUCGUGGUUUGUUGAUGAUUCGCUGGGUAUAAUGUUCUUCACCUUUGGCAAGCGGCCAAAUCAAAAGCUGUUCCCCGUCCACACCGAAGUCGCCUGCCGCUACUCAUCCGUCAUCACCUUCUAUAUUGACCGGACUGGAUUGACCCGCUAUCCGUUAUUCACUAAAAGCGAAGACGCCGCCAGACUCCUGAUGAAAUGGCUAUACUCGCAAAAGCUGGAAGUCCUCCAACUGGAAGACGACUGGGAGAAGAUCCAAGCUCAUGCCACGCCAAAUGCCGCUAAAGAGGAGGACGCCGCGCUGGUUGAGCUUUGGGUGUUGGCCGAUAAACUGGACAUCGGGGCUUUGCAGAACCAAGUCAUCAAAGCCAUCGACGAUGUUUACAAAGACUUCGAAUACGUCUUCCCAGAAACCAUCGCCGUGGUCUACAAAAUCACUUCUGGUCCAUGCGAGCUCCGAAAACUCUUCGUUAGGAUUACCGCCAAUGAUUUCGAGCGUGAUAAUUUCAUAAAAGAAGAGAAGAGCUAUCCUCGAGAGUUUCUUCGUGACCUGGUUCUUCUUGGUUUCGGAAGACUCGGAGAUAACCAGUUCAUAUAUCAAGAUCCUGAUGCUUUUUAUGUAUAUGACACUGAGGUGGAUGGUACUGAAGAUAGUGAGGGUGAAAGUGGGGAGGAAUGUGAUGAUUGGAGCGACGGUAAAGAGAAUGUGGUGGAAGUGGUUCCUGAGAUGCCGAGUAGUACGAGGAAGGUCGUCCACGGGCUAGGUUUGUUGCUCAAUGUUUGA